AUGGUGUUUUGGGUUAAAGUCACGGGAGUGCCGGUCCACUUUUGGAAUGACGAAACCUUCAUGGAGAUCGGGAAGGCUUUGGGAGCUGUCCAGGCCAUUGAAGCUCAUCGAGCGAAGUUUCAAGUAUCUAUAAAUGCUGACGCUCCCCUCCAAUUUGAAAGGAAAGUUGGUUACCCAAAUGGCGAUACAGGCAUGGUCUCACUUGAGUAUGUUGGACUCCACCGCUACUGCUUUACAUGUAAAUUAUUAUCACAUGAAGAAGGCACUUGCCCCCAGCUCACCGAAAAACAAAAAGAUUUGAACCGGGCACGCCGUCUCGAAGAAAACUUAGCUGCUACGGAACCUCGUUCCAUGCGUCCUCCCGUAAUGGAGAGAAUUUUAGUUCCCGAAAAAUCGGAGAAUCGCUAUAGAAUGGGUGAGUAUAAACGUCCCCAAGGAAACCGCAGCGAUUACCAUAGCCGGGACAGCAGACCAAGAGGGACUUUUGAGAGGGGCAUAUCUCCUAAUAGAAACGACUUCUCCUAUCGUGAUAGAGAUCUACGCUACCAUCUCAAGGAUUCACGUGACUCACGAGGGAAAGAGGUUUGGAAAAGACUAGAACGACCCGGCCGGAGUGGUACAGCUACCAGUAAAGGAAGAUUCCUUCCCUACCAACGUCCUCGGGCUGAGUAUCGGGAUCACGGAAGAACGAGGUAUGAGCCGCGACCCGAAUGGCGCCCGAGAUAUUCUCGAGAUUCAGAGGUAGAUAAUCACUUUGAUACCCCCACGUCCAGAGCUCCACCUAUGAACAGAGGCAGACAUGGCACGAUCUCCGAUUCACAACACACCGUGACGGAGAGACAUGAUUCUCCCCAUGAAUAUACUGGCACAGGAAAGGGUCUGCUGAUCGUACAAUCCAAAAAAUCAGAGGAAGAGAGAAUCCGUAACCUCAAGGGGAAGGCUCAUGUGACGGAGGAGUCUGCUUUCCAGGAAAAGCAGAGGAAAGAAGCGAUGCUAGGACGCAAGCUGGGAACCUUAACUAUAAGAGAUAAUGCCCAUCCUGACAAGAAAAUGCUGGGCCAAGGUAACCCAGGCAGGGAUGAGAGGAACGUGGAUGUGGUUUUUUAUAAGGAUCUUCCCUUGGAGGAGACUCUGGCUGAGAACGAGAAUGAGGAUGAGGCUUUUACGGAGGAGGAAAUGGACGCGAUGCUGGAGGAUAAUGUACAGCUCUACUUAUGA